CUUUUCCCUCUUCAAAAACGCACCCUAUUCUUCUAUAUGUGCAGAAGCAUUUGUUCUUGAAUCUCUAGAGAGAGAUUGUGAGAGGGAGAGCCUCCCCCUUUAGAGAGAGAAAGAGAGAAAGAAUGUUCCACACCAAGAAACCCUCCACUAUGAAUUCCCAUCAUGAAAAUACUAGACCCAUGUGUGUUCAAGGUGACUCUGGCCUUGUCCUCACCACUGACCCUAAGCCUCGCCUCCGAUGGACGGUCGAGCUCCACGAACGAUUCAUCGAUGCUGUUACUCAACUUGGAGGACCAGACAAGGCAACACCAAAGACCAUUAUGAGAGUUAUGGGUGUGAAGGGGCUUACUCUUUACCACCUCAAAAGCCAUCUCCAGAAAUUCAGGCUUGGAAAGCAACCUCACAAGGAAUUCGAUGAUCACUCUAUUAAGGAUGCUUCAGCAUUGGAUCUUCAAAGAAGUUGUGCAUCUUCAUCAGGCAUGAUGGCUCGUAGCAUGAAUGAGAUGCAAAUGGAGGUGCAGAGAAGACUGCAUGAACAAUUAGAGGUACAAAAGCACCUUCAACUAAGAAUUGAGGCUCAAGGGAAGUACAUGCAAAGCAUAUUGGAGAAAGCUUGUCAAACCCUAGCAGGAGAAAACAAUAUGAGCUAUACUUCUAAAGGCAUCAAUGGAAAUCAUCAUCAUCAUCAAGGAUUAAUUCCUCAGGAGAUGAAAGAUUUCGGUCCUCUCAAUUUUCCGGCUGCAUUUCAAGACCUAAACAUAUAUGGAGGAGGUCAUCAUCUUCAACAAGAAAUUGAAAGAUCAUCAUCACCAGUACUUAUUCAUCAUCAUCAUGGUUUUAAUAAUAAUGAUCCUGGUAAUAACCUUUCUUUGGGAGGAAAGAAGAGGCCUAGCCCUAGCUAUAGUGGCGGCGGCAAGAGUCCUUUGAUUUGGUCUGACGAUUUUCGAUUGCAAGAGCUUGGAACAACACCAGAACAUCAUCAAGAUCAUCAUCAGAUUCAGAUUGGACCUCCUUCCAUUACUAGUACUACUACUCUUGAUUCGAUCUCGGAUGUUUAUGAAUCAAAGCCAGCAGCAAUAGUAAUCCAAGGUGAUUCAAUGAAGAAAUUUGAAGCAUCAUCUUCAUCAAAGCUUGAAAGGCCUUCACCAAGGAGAGAUAGGAUGAGCCUUAUGAUGCCACAAGGAAGGAACAAUAAUACUCCAUUUGGAUGAUAUAUAUAUAUAUGCAUUCAAUACAUAGUUAUGCUUGCUAACCCUUUAUUAAUUAAUUUAGAUGCAAGUGCCUUGAUAAUGUAUUAAUUAACUACAUGGAACUACUUGUUCGGAGUUUUUGAUAUAUAAAGGUUAGAAGUUAAUUCA